UUGCCCCUCAUUUGAAUUUGAAAAUUUGCAUACGAAAAGGUAGUCGGACACCUUCGUCCCUCUGUGCCUCUUUUAAAAACCACUGGAUUCAACUCCUCCUGUAUUUCAAACCUAUCUUCCCCCUAUCUCUUAUUCGCAUUCAUUGUGUGAGAACCAGGGCCACUAUAACCUUUUUAUCUCUAAAACCCUAGCUUGCACUAAAACGACAAGAUCAUGACCACGGUGCCACAGGUCGCCGGACGAGAGCUCUCGAAUCCGCCGUCCGACGGCAUAUCGAACCUUCGCUUCUCUAAUCACAGUGAUCACCUGCUUGUUUCCUCUUGGGACAAAACUGUUCGAUUGUACGAUGCGAGUGCCGAUCUCUUGAGAGGAGAGUUCAUGCAUGGAGGUCCUGUCCUCGAUUGUUGCUUCCAUGACGAUUCGUCUGGCUUCAGUGCCAGUGCGGAUAAUACUGUGCGGAGGCUUGUUUUCAGCGUAGGCAAGGAGGAUAUUUUGGGGAAGCAUGAUGCACCUGUGCGCUGUAUUGAGUACUCAUAUGCAACAGGGCAAGUGAUCACUGGUAGUUGGGACAAAACACUAAAGUGUUGGGACCCUAGAGGCACAAGUGGACAAGAGCGCACUCUUGUUGGGACGUAUGCGCAGCCCGAGCGUGUCUAUUCUCUAUCUCUUGUUGGCAAUCGUUUAGUAGUAGCAACUGCUGGAAGGCAUGUAAAUGUUUAUGAUUUGAGGAAUAUGGCUCAACCCGAGCAGCGGAGGGAAUCAUCAUUGAAAUAUCAGACUAGAUGCGUACGCUGUUAUCCCAAUGGAACAGGUUAUGCUCUUAGUUCUGUGGAAGGUCGGGUUGCCAUGGAAUUCUUUGAUCCUUCUGAGUCUGGUCAAUCCAAAAAGUAUGCAUUCAAGUGUCAUCGGAAAUCGGAAGCCGGAAGGGACAUCGUCUAUCCUGUAAAUGCUAUUGCAUAUCAUCCUAUCUAUGGUACAUUUGCAACCGGUGGUUGUGAUGGUUAUGUGAACAUGUGGGAUGGGAACAACAAAAAGAGGCUGUAUCAGUACUCGAAAUACCCAACUAGCAUUGCAGCCUUAUCAUUCAGCAGAGAUGGCCGACUUCUUGCUGUUGCGUCCAGCUAUACAUUUGAGGAGGGUGAUAAGCGACACGAACCAGAUGCCAUUUUCAUUAGAAGCGUAAAUGAAGUUGAAGUUAAGCCAAAACCAAAAGCAUACGCCAAUCCUACUACAUAAAUGGAAACUGCAACUAAAUCUGCUGCCAGUCUUAAUAUGUGGCAUUUUCAUAUCCUAGAUUCCCCCUUAUUAUGUAUGAAGGGAUUAGUUAAUCGUUGCUCAUUGAUUGGAAUUUUCUUCCCAUAUUUUGGCCUUCUCGAUAGACUUUGUCACCAUGUCUGUACAUACUCUGUGUUGGAUGGCUCGUCAAAUCCAGUUACUGACUGAAGUUGAUAGCAUUCCUUAAAUUGACAUUCUAUACUAGUGUUUGUGUCA